GAAGAUCUUGCAUAAUAUUUGACGGACAUUUCCGACCUCUUUUUUCAUCUGCGACGAAAGUUUCCGAGUCUGCCAUAUUGGAUGAGUGGGACAGUCGCUGUUGCUCUGGUCUAGAAGGCCAAAUACCCCAAAGGAGUCCAAGCGCAAGUGACUAGGCAUCAUGCUGCGGCUACCAGCAGUUCGCAGGGUUCUAGAAAGAGCAACUAAAGGCUCCAUCAUCUCAAAUAAUGUUCGGGCGACUGCAACAGCCACAAGUAACCUAAUUGAGGUGUUCGUGGAUGGCAUGCCAAUCAUGGUUGAGCCAGGCACCACGGUGCUACAGGCCUGUGAAAAAGUGGGCAUGCAGAUUCCUCGUUUCUGUUACCAUGAGCGUUUGUCUGUGGCUGGAAACUGUCGCAUGUGUCUUGUGGAAAUUGAGAAAGCUCCCAAGCCCGUGGCUGCCUGUGCUAUGCCAGUGAUGAAGGGCUGGAAUAUCCUUACAAAUUCUGAGAAAACUAAAAAGGCAAGAGAGGGCGUCAUGGAGUUUUUGCUGGCAAAUCAUCCUCUGGAUUGCCCUAUUUGUGAUCAGGGCGGUGAGUGUGACUUGCAAGAUCAGUCCAUGAUGUUUGGUAGUGACAGAAGCCGAUUUUUGGAUGGAAAGCGUGCAGUGGAAGACAAGAACAUUGGACCUCUUGUCAAGACUAUUAUGACUCGUUGUAUACAGUGUACACGCUGUAUUAGGUUUGCUAGUGAGAUUGCUGGUGUAGAUGAUCUUGGAACUACAGGAAGAGGAAAUGAAAUGCAAGUUGGGACUUAUGUAGAGAAGAUGUUUAUGUCAGAGCUUUCUGGAAACAUUAUAGACCUUUGUCCAGUAGGAGCAUUAACAUCCAAACCAUAUGCAUUUACUGCUCGCCCUUGGGAAACCAGAAAGACUGAAACUAUUGAUGUUAUGGACGCUUUAGGUAGUAACAUUGUAGUAAGCACAAGAGGUGGAGAGGUAAUGAGAAUCUUGCCAAAGGUGCAUGAAGACAUUAAUGAGGAGUGGAUCUCUGAUAAGACCAGGUUUUCCUAUGAUGGUCUGAAACGUCAGAGACUGACCCAGCCAAUGAUCAGGAAUAGUGAAGGUCAUCUAGUUCAUGCAACCUGGGAAGAUGUGCUCACACAAGUUGCUGGAGUGUUGCAAAGUGUGCAAGGAAAAGAUGUAGCUGCUAUUGUUGGUGGUUUAGCGGAUGCAGAGGCACUCGUAGCCCUUAAAGACUUGCUGAACAGGUUGAAUGCUGAUACCCUGUGCACAGAGGAAGUCUUCCCAAGUUCAGGAGCUGGCACUGAUUUACGCUCCAGCUACCUGCUAAAUUCAAGAAUUGCUGGUGUUGAGGAAGCUGAUGUUUUGCUACUGGUUGGUACCAACCCACGUUAUGAAGCUCCACUGUUUAAUGCAAGGAUUCGAAAAAGCUGGCUUCACAAUGAUCUCCAGGUGGCUGUGGUAGGAAGUUCAGUUGACCUGACAUAUACAUAUGAUCAUUUGGGCGAAUCCCCACAGGUACUCAAGGAUAUUGCAUCAGGAAAGCAUCCAUUCUGCAAGGUUCUUGGACAAGCCAAAAAGCCUAUGGUGGUAGUUGGCAGCAGCAUAUUGCAACGUAAAGAUGGAGCAGCUAUCCAUGCAGCGGUCUCUGCUAUAGCGCUAAAUGCUAGGACAAGUAGUGCUGUUGGUGAGGAAUGGAAGGUGCUGAAUAUUCUUCACAGAGUGGCUAGCCAGGUUGCCGCCCUAGAUAUUGGUUAUAAACCUGGAGUGGAUGCCAUACGGAAGAAUCCGCCAGCAGUUCUCUUUUUACUAGGAGCAGAUGCUGGUUGCAUUACACGCCAAGAUUUGCCAAAAGACUGCUUCAUAAUAUACCAAGGACAUCAUGGAGAUGUUGGAGCACCUAUAGCAGAUGUGAUUCUCCCUGGAGCUGCUUACACUGAGAAAGCAUCUACUUAUGUGAACACAGAAGGCAGAGCCCAAAGAACCUUUGCAGCAGUGACACCACCUGGACUGGCAAGAGAGGAUUGGAGAAUAAUACGUGCUAUCUCCGAGUUGGCUGGUGUGACUCUCCCUUAUGAUGACCAUGAUGGAGUGAGGGAAAGAUUGCAAGAAGUAUCUCCAAACCUUGUUCGAUAUGAUGAUGUGGAAGAAGCUAAUUAUUUCAAGCAAGCAACAGAGCUCUCCAAGCUUAUUAAUCAGCAAGUGCUCUCAGAUCCUCUUGUCCCUGCUCAGCUAACAAUUAAAGAUUUCUACAUGACAGAUUCCAUAAGUCGAGCCUCACAGACGAUGGCCAAGUGUGUGAAAGCUGUCACUGAAGGAGCACAAGCAGUGGAGGAGCCAUCCAUUUGCUAAACAAUCUUGUCACCAAUAAGCAAAAUCCUACAAUAACACCUGUUUUGUUUUUUCUUUGAAAAGUAGUUCUGGGAUGCUCUGUGUAGGACCACUGUCUGAGCAAUGUAGGAUUUUGUGAUUUACAUAUGUGCUUGUUUGAAAGCAUAUUUGAAUACUGUAACUAAAGAUACACUAUACUUGCAAAAUCAUAUGGCGUGUGUACAAAUUCCUUGUUAUCUUAUUAUUAAAAGGGUUUAUUACA